AUGCCUGCUUCAGUAGAGGAGGGUGAAACGCAAUUAUUUACUAUUGAGGCAAAUAAAUCAAGAGCAGUCACGAUACGAAGUUGGGUGGUUGAAGUUGUGAAUGGCAGUGCAAAAUAUCAGAAUACGCUAGAAAACGUGAUCUUCAGCCGUCGACUUCAUCAAAAAUUACGAGUGGAUAGUCUAACGUUUGAAGAGGAAUUCAAUGCCCUCUUUCUAGCUUCAGACCAAUCAGACAGUGAAGGUGAUAUUGAAGAGUUUUUGGUUUCCGACCGUGAUUGUCUGCAGUUACGCGUAAGUGACCAAGAUGAAGAUCUAGAGGAGAACAUUUCAGAAGUGGAUAGCAGCAAUGUGAGGAGCCAGAUCACUACAAAAGGAGAUAGCACCGAUAGUUUUGAUGACGCUUGCCUCUUUCGGAAUUACGAAAAAUUAAAUUACCGUAGAAAAAAUUCGAUUUCGUCGAAGACGCCUCCUAAUGCUAGGGUUCGCACACUGCAACAUAAUAUGUAUAAUACGCAUGCUUAUGGGUCGAAAUUGAUAGGACGCAUUGUUGGCCAAUAUGAAGGUGGUAAAUCUCAGCGUGAAAUCAGAGAUGGAUUAUAUGUGCCGUUGUCUACGAUUAAUCGUGUCAUCGUGCAGUUCAAAAGGGAUGAGAAGACAAGUGUUCCCCACGAUCAGGAAGACCUGGACCUUCUGACAGGCAAAAACGGGCGCUAG